GCCCGUGUAAUUAUUUUUAACAGAGGUUUUUUUCCGUUGUCUUCCCCGAAUGAUAUAAGGACCAUUUCCAGUAAUCAAUCGAUCCCGAUAGGCUCAGAGUCGUCUAAAAUUUCUAGAGUUUUCGCAUCUAAGGAAGAAAAAUAAGCAGGAUCAAUUUUCUCUCAGGAUGUCGGAGCCACCAUUCAGACCUAGGGAGAAGCUUCUUGAGAAGCAGAAAUAUUUUCAAAGCAUCCACAAGCACACUUACCUGAAAGGACCUUAUGAUAAGAUCACAUCUGUUGCCAUUCCUGUUGCUUUGUUUGCAAGUUCCUUGUAUUUAAUUUUUAAAAAUGCCUAAGGUAAGGACAAACCAAAUCAAAUAUCCAGAUGGAUGGGAAUUGAUUGAGCCUACUCUUAAGGAGCCGGAUGCCAAAAUGAGAGAAGGUUGAUAAAUGAUAAUUUAUUUUGAUGCUGCAUAAUAGAAAAUUAAUUAGUUUUCUAGUAUUCUCUUGUUAAGCUUUCUCAUUAUGAACUUGCGGUGAUUUGAUAUUC